ACUGACAACUCACUGUCAAUUUACUGUUUGUUGAUUUUUUUUCGUUGUAAUUUUAAUCAACAUUUAUAAACUUGAAAUUUUUAAGAAACGACCACAAUACUUUAUAGAGUUUAUCUAUGAAUAUUUUAAAUACAGCUCCCAAAAUAUUAAAAUAUAUAAUGAUAUAUUUCUCCAUAACCUUAAAAUAAUAUUAGAAAGAAUAAGAAUACAAAGUUUAGUCAGAAUGGGUGUUACAGUUUUGCAGCAGUAUCCAGUACCCGAGAAUAAAACCGGCACAUACGUAAUAGAAUUAUUAACGAAAAGAAUAUUAGCUCUUGGCGCAACACAACAGGGACAGUUUCUUGUGGAUUGCGAAAGUUAUCUUUCACUUCCCCAAAUGGGUACAACAAAGACUGUUCACAUCCUUCAUAAUUCAGAGCAACCAGCAUCUGUUUUUUCAAUACUAGAGAGUGGUACAAAAAAUAUCCAUGUCAUAGCUGAUGGAUUGUUCGACUUAUUAAUGAUGAAACUCUCCCAACACUAUACAUCUAAAAAACAAACAAAAAUAGAAAGCAAAGGCCCAAGAUUUGAGCUUGGUGACUUCUGCGUGAAACUGGGCUCAGUAACAAUGAAUCAAAGUUUUAAAGGUGUUCUUGUUGAGGUAGAGUAUCGUCCAUGUGUUAUGGCAAAUGCAGUAUGGGGUCUGCUUCGUGAAUUCCUACAAGGACUUUUAGGUCCUUCUGUACCUGUCCAGCCGCCGCAACACCUCCUUAGUAGAAUGAACGAAAUUUAUACACCAAUUGACACUAUUUACCAGUAUUUAGAACAUUUUAGUGCUUACAGAAAACUUACAGGAUUAAGAAGUGCAUAGUGUGGGUGAUUUUUUUCUUAAGCAUAUUUGUCUUUUUAAAACGGCAAAUCAAUGGUCACGUCCGGUUCCUAUAUUUAAGGAUACGUUUUUGAUUUAAAUAACUAGCUGUUCUUUAAAUUAACAUUUC